CAACGCAACUUAGUGCGGCUUCUCACUUCCUGUUAGCUCGGGAAAGAUAGCGGACGAGCGGUCGAAGAAAUUACUGAUGUAUUUAUGAAAAAAUCCUCCCAAAGUUGUUCAGGAACGUGCUAUUCUGGAGCCUCUCAGGUCCAUAUUUAGGAGAAAAUGAUCCGCUUCAUCCUCAUCCAGAACCGAGCAGGGAAGACACGACUGGCCAAAUGGUACAUGCAGUUUGAUGAUGAUGAGAAACAGAAGUUGAUCGAGGAAGUGCAUGCUGUGGUGACUGUCAGAGAUGCCAAGCACACCAACUUUGUGGAGUUCAGGAACUUCAAGAUCAUUUACCGGCGUUAUGCUGGUCUAUACUUCUGUAUUUGUGUGGAUGUGACUGAUAACAACUUGGCAUACCUCGAGGGGAUCCACAACUUCGUAGAGGUGCUGAAUGAGUAUUUCCACAACGUGUGUGAAUUGGACCUUGUGUUCAACUUCUACAAGGUGUACACGGUGGUGGACGAGAUGUUCCUGGCUGGAGAGAUCAGGGAGACUAGUCAGACCAAGGUCCUCAAGCAGCUCCUCAUGCUCCAGUCGCUUGAGUAGAAAACAGACAACCGCGCUUCCUACCUGCCCAUUAAUCUGCUGCCCUGGUCCCUAACCGCUCCUCUUGCUCAUUCCAGUCCCUCUGGAAACUAUUUUCAGACUUCACUCUUAAGUAAACUUCAGGAAUUGUUUUAAGAAAUAGAAAUGCACAAUAUUGUGUACAUAUGGAUAUAUGAUAGGGAGCUUCAGUUAACCUGUUUGUUAUGGCAGUCUAUAUGUUGCAAUAUUCUGUAUUUGUUAUACUUCUGAAUUCUCCCAGUAUUUAAAGGCUCUACAUUUCAAAAUGUUAACUUGUUGACAUUUCAUAUACUGCCUAAGUUAGAACCAAUGUAAUAUUCAGUUCACUUUCUCAAAGCCAGGGGCCGCAGAAAUGAGUCAUUUCAUAAAGUAACCAAUUAGUCUUUGCAUUUAUCUCUGUACCGUGUGGAAACACUGAUGUAGAUUCACCAGUGUGACACUGCUCUCCCCUGUCCUCCUCCUGUCCUCCCUCCAUUUGCCGCAACUUUACAUUUAAUGGCACUACAGUAACUAACAAGCACCAUGUAUGAAGAGUGACUGCCUGCAACAGCCUUUUCUAUAAAUCCAUGCAAAGAAAGACCUUGCCAGUGUUAUUAGACUUGUCACGCCUUUUUUGCUCAUUUUGUCUUUUUUUUUUUCUGUCAUCUGGAUCACAGUACACGUAAACUAUAACUAGAAAGCCCUCUAGAGCAAUUGACCCAUCACAGCAAGUUCAUAAUUGAAUGGAGUGUACUUAGGAUGAGUGCCAUUUUAACGCUGUGUUAUGGCAACCUGUGGCAACAUCCUCAUGGCUGAUGAUGAUGAUGAACCGUGCUGGUUCUGGAGGCUCAGAUGGCGGCGCUCUGGAUGUUGUAAUUGUUUUCAUUGCAUAUCAAAUGAUCGAGAUGAUUUGAUGCAACAUAUUACAUUAAAUGGUGCUUGUUGGUCACACAACACACAUAGACGGGUAAAAAAAAAAAACCUGGACGUACAUUUUACACAAAGCAGUACUGUGGAGUUAGCGUUGUAUGGUGUGUACAUGCAGUGUAUCUUGUGUAUGUUGAAUAUUGUGAAAUUAACACAUGCAUUCCAGAAAGAGUGGUCCUUGCUCACUGUAUGGUCUGAGGAGUAUUUAUUUGUGUAGGAUCCAUAAACUCUGUUGCCAUUGCAUACAAUAAUUUGGCUUUUAAAUUCCUCCUACAAGCCUCAUGAACUUUGACAAAUGAAUCCACUUUUAUUCAAUUCACUUUGCUGGACUUUAAUGUUUAUACUAUUACUUGACAUACUCUAAUUUGACAAUAUCCUGUCACAAAGGUGGUUUCAAAUGUUACUGUUGUUGAACUUUUGUAUUCUUUUUUAAAAAAAAAUUAUGAUUAGGCAAUUGUGAAAUAUGUACUGCUUCCCUUUUGUCCACCUGUGUGAGUUUGUUGAUGGAAGAUGUGUGUUUGUAUGUAUUACUGUCUCCAAUUGAACUACCCACAUCAAUACGUCCCAUUAUAUGUAAAUAAUCUAAUAAAUAGAUGAAGUGAUACAUACAUAUCAACUGUCAA